UUAUGAUAAGUAUACGAUUCACUAGUUCUAUUAAAAAUAUGUCUUGCUUGGAAUAUACAAAGGAAGAGUAGCGCUUUCUGGGGAUUAUACGAGUAUCCAUAUGCAAUGUAAUUACACAAUUGUAGACGAAAAAAGUUAUAAUAUCCAACGCAACAAAUUUUGCGUGUGUAUAUCAGCAAAAGUUGGAACAAAAAUAUAUAUACUAUAUAUAACGGUAAACAUACACACGUAUAUGAAUUGGGCAUUUUACUGUAUCAUCACACUUUUCGCGACACGUUCUUCAGUGUCGAUUGAGAUUGCCUGCAAGUACGGUGUUAAUAAAGCAAUUAAUCAACGCCAAAAUGCGUUUGACAAUAUAUUGUAUUUUAAUUUUGUGCUUUGCGGAGGUCUUACCCCAGUCUAUUAAUAUUUCCAAUCGUGGUGAGAAUGAGACACAGACCUUCAUAGAUAUCGGUAGUAAAUUAUAUCUAAUAAAUACUGCUACUACGAUGAAUUGGUUCAAUGCGCUGCUUUAUUGUCGCAGCUAUGAUAGUGAUUUAGCCGUAAUUGAAUCGGCAGCUGAGAUGAAUGCACUGAAUUUCUAUUUAACUACGAAUGAAGGUCACAUUGGCAAAAAUUUUUGGCUGGGGCUGACCGAUUUGGCCGAAGAAGGUAAAUUUAUGUCACUCAAAGACGGACGUCCAAUGCGCUAUGCUAAAUGGUCAACCGAUCAACCAGACAAUGCUUCUCAAAAUGAGGGUUGCGUGCAUCUUUGGGCUUAUAAAAAUAUAUUCCAUAUGAAUGAUAUCAACUGCAUGACUAAGUUUUAUGCCAUUUGUGAGUUGCGGCAGCCGAAGAAGACUUGUGACGUGUCUGAUUUGAAAAAUUUUAUGGAAAGAUUCGUGCAACAUACAAAUGUUCCAAACUGUCAAAACUAGUCUGGUGGAAGUACCAGUUUUAUUAAU